CUCUGGUACACAGAUCUGAUUUAACCAAGAGGUUCUGAUGAGAUGAUACCAACAUUCCACCACACACCCACUCUCACCGUCUUUGCUUGUACUGCUCUUCUUCAUCUCUUCUCUCCUUCAGUGUUUGACUGUUUUUUCUAAGAGAGAGGCGAGUUUGGUGUGCUUUCUUUUCUCUCUUUGCUUUCUCUUUCAUAUUGACUCAAUUUUUUUUGCUCAUUUCUUGUACUGACUUCAUUCCACUUCUGCUCCUUUUUUUUUCUUGCUAUAAAAACUUUCAUCAUUCACAAACAGCUGCAACAAAAAUCUCACCUUCCACAUUUCUUUCCCCUCUCCCCCACCCAAAAAAAUAGAUAAAAUUAUCCUCUUUUUCUCUCGAAGAUUGUAUUUUUUGGAUGCAUGUUUAGAUCGGUAUGUGAAAGUAUUGACCUUUGUUUUUCUCUGUUAUAACAAUUCUCCCCUUCUUUCUCUCUCGAUGAGACAUUUUUGGAUGCAUUUUGAGAUGGGUAUGUUUAAGUUUUGAGCUUUAUUCUUUAUUUUUUAUAUAUAAAAAAAACUUCCAAUAUUCCCAUUAUUGAAAAGAAGUGAAGAGAAAAAACCCUACCUUCUAGCCGUCCAUAUAGGACUAGAAAAAAAUCUCUCCAAUCCUUUUUCUCACUCGAAGAUACAUUUUUGGAUGCGUUUUGAGAUGGGCUUGUGGAACUAUUGAGCUUCAUUGUUGUUUUGGUUUCAUUCAAGCUAUUUUGGUGCGCUCUCUCCAAAAAGGGAUCUGGCUGUCAGAGAAAGGUGUAUUCAUAAUCUGCCUUUUCUGUGGUUCCAAAAUCUCAUCUGGGUAUUGCUGAUUUCAAGAGCUCUUUAACCAAAAAGAGUUUUGGGGAUUGUUCCCAAUUUGGGCAAGCUUACAUUUUUAACACAGCUACAGCUACAGUUACUAACUGUAAUAAUGUCUAGAAAGAAAAUGCCAUCUGGGUAUGGUAUGUGUUACCCCAUUGUUGGAUUUGCGUCAUGUAUGGUUUUCAUCUACAUGUCGUUCGGUGACGUGAAGGUGAAGCUCAAUUUCAAUAAAGCACCGAAAUUGGACUUCGUGGGCAGGAAUGGAACUCAGUUUGUGGUUAAUGGUAAACCUUUUUACAUUAAUGGCUGGAACUCUUACUGGUUAAUGGACCACGCUGUGGAUGAAUUCAGCAGAUAUCGGGUCGGGCAAAUGUUAGAAGCCGGAUCCAAAAUGGGUCUCACUGUGUGUCGUACUUGGGCCUUUAAUGAUGGUACCUACAAUGCCCUCCAGAUGUCCCCUGGUGUCUUCAACGAGCGAGUUUUCAAGGCUUUGGACUAUGUCAUUGCAGAAGCAGGGCAGCGUGGAAUCAGGCUGCUUCUUGCCUUGGUUAAUAAUUUGCAAGCGUAUGGUGGAAAGACACAGUAUGUCAAGUGGGCAUGGGAAGAAGGGCUUGGUUUAAGUGCUUCUAAUGAUUCCUUCUUCUUCGACCCGACCAUCCGUGAUUAUUUCAAGAACUAUGUUAAGACAAUCCUGACAAGAAAGAAUACUGUAAAUGGCAUCAGAUACAAAGAUGAUCCCACCAUUUUUGGAUGGGAGAUAAUCAAUGAACCCCGUUGCGUCACAGAUGCUUCUGGUGACACUCUCCAAGACUGGUUAGAAGAAAUGUCUGCUUUCAUCAAAUCAAUCGACAAUCAUCACCUAGUGACCAUAGGACUCGAAGGAUUUUAUGGUCCGAAAAGCCCCGAGAAGUUGUCUGUGAACCCUGAAGACUGGGCUUCUCGUCUUGGAGCUGAUUUUAUUCGAAACUCCCAGAUUCCUAACAUCGACUUUGCAUCUGUUCACAUAUACCCUGAUCAGUGGUUUAAGAAAGUUGGAUUUGAAGAUAAACUGAAGUACCUCUCCAAGUGGAUGCUGUCCCACAUUGAAGAUGGUAACAAAGAGCUGAAGAAGCCAGUCGUGUUCUCUGAAUUCGGCUUGUCAAACCUGAACAAGGACUUUGAACCAGCGCAGCGGGACAGAUUCUACAAAGUUAUCUACGACAUAAUUUACAAAUCUGCAAAGAAAGGCGGGUCUGGCGCCGGUGCUUUGAUCUGGCAGUAUUUGGUUGAUGGAAUGGAGGAGUACAAUGAUGAUUUUGGAAUGGUUCCAUGGGAAGUGCCUUCAUUAUAUGCAUUGGUUGUAAGACAAUCAUGCAGGUUGUCCAAGUUCGAGGGAGUGGCUCAACAACAGCCAGAUUUCAAAGCCUCUUGUAUGCAAAAACAGUGAUAUUUCGACUCCAUUAUGAGAGGGGAAAAAAACUUUUUUUUGGGUGUGGUUAUAUGAGGUCAUUGAUAUGGCUUUUUACAGUAUUGGAAGAUAAAGGGGUUCCUCGUUUUGUUUUAUAUUCUACUCACUCGUACACUGUUUGCACUUUCUUAUCAAAUUCAUACAGUCUUAAUCUUAUGUAUUGCUAGUGGCGUAGUAAAAAUAUAAUGCUGUGAAUUGUAAA